CUCAUUAAUAAAUAUAUUUACUGACGUCAUCAUCAUUCAGGAAAAAUCAACAAACAUAACCAGUAAAUUCGACAAAAAUGAGGUUAAAAGACGCUGGGUUAGAGAAUGACAGGUCAUUUCGAUGCUGUUUUUGUUGCCAUGUUCGGUCAGGCACCAUGUUGCUGGGCUGUUUCCAACUGAUAUUGCACCUGUUUGCCAUUGCCUGUAUGGCGUUUGCCCUGACGGCGGGCCCUAAUGCAUUCCUGGAUGGGGCCCCCAGGGUGUUGGAGAGCAAUGAGACCACAGAGAAGGGAAACACCAGGGAUCCCUGGUCUUACCAGUGGGACCAGCUCAACAUGCCUGACAAAAACUCCAUGUGCGAUCCCGUGCUGUUGUUCGCUAUCAUGGCGUGUUCCCUCAUCAUCUCACUGAUGCUGGUGUAUGGAACUGCCAGGAGCCGACCAUGUUACCUCAUCCCGUACUUCUGCCUGCAAGUGUUUGACUUCUGUCUUCACUGCCUGACCGCUGUUGGCUACAUAACGUAUGCACCCAACAUCAAAAUGUGGAUCCUGGACAACGGACUGGCUGACAAGCCAGUGUUCAACAGACUUAUGUACAUGGAUGAGCAGAGGCUCCAGAUCCUCUUUGUGAUUAUCUUCCUACUGAUCCUCUCUGCCAAGGCAUACCUGAUCAACAUGGUGUGGAUGUGCCAUCAGUACCUGGUGAAGAGGAACGCCAACCGUGGCGUGGUCCGUGAAUACACUGUGGAACCCGAUGGAGAGAUGCUGCUUCCCCCAAAGUACGAGGAAGCCAUGAAGAUGGCCCCUGUUGGUCCCGCUCCUCCAGCAUACACUGCAUAAGUGACCUGGGAACCAACUACUUAAGACUUCCUGUACCCAGAAUUCCACUGUUAAAGUUACAAAUAAGAACUUGGUUUGUUGAAGUUUAUUUUAACAUUAGACUUUUUUUAGGAAGUUUAAGUGUGCUUGUUAUAUUUAUCACAAUAUUGUGUGUUAUCAACAAAUGCCAUGGCAUGUAUUCGUAAUAUUCCUAUGAGGCUAAAUAUUUGUGUCAUUUUUGUGAAAAUUGUGUAUGAAUAAAAAUGGGAAAUUCAUAAGUGUAAAGUUUUACUGUUUAUAUAUUCUGUUUCAAAUUACUGCAAAUAACAAAUUCAUGGAAUGAAAUUUUGAGGUAAAUGGUUUUUAUGUUUUUAUUUUCCUUUAGUAGCUUUACAUGGACUAGGUGUUAUUCAGAUGUGUACUACUGUUUGAAAUGUCUUACGCAUUCAACUGUUUCCAAGAUUUAAAAAAGGUUUUCAAGGAUUGACUAAAGAUGUAAUAAACACACAUGAAGGAAUUGAACAACCAUCCUGGGUUAUAGAGGAAGCAGUUUUUACUCUUUUUUUGCAUAUUUUUGGGAUGCUUUUAUUAUUGUAUGUUAUAAUGUCAGGUGUUGAAGUCGUUUAAAUUAUCAGUUGGGUUUCCAAGAACUUUUGUUUAUGUAUGAUAUGGAAAUUUUUACCAUUUUCUUUACUGUCCAGUUGAUAAUGUCAUUUAGUUUAUUUGGGCAAUGGCUUUUAAAAAUAAAUACUUUAAAUAAAAAAUUAAAUACUUGAAUCUUUGAUAUUUGUUUAUCAUAUUGUACUGUACUUUUCAUAUGUAUUUGGAUUAAUUUUUUUUGGUCAAAGCACUUUUGAGGAUUAACAUAUGCAUUUCUUCAUAAAUUGUAAUUUGGCAUUGUAUCAUUUCAUCUCUAUUGGUGUCACUAUUUUACAAAAAUAACAGGAAAUUUAACUAUCGUCACAAUAAAUAAAACAUGUUUUGUCUGUUAUACAUCAGUUUUAUUUUUGUAAUGUUUUUAUUCUAGAAUAAUGUUGACUUUUGUGUCAGGUGUUCACAAUAGCAUUGUUUAAAGGUCACCUUACAAAUUUUCUUUUGGUAAUUGUUUUUCAUUGAUCAUGCACUUAUAGAAAUAAAUGUUUUCUUUUAAAA